AUGAUGCGGCCAGGCUCAAGAGAGUGUGCUCUCUUCAACUAACAAAAGAUCAUCAUGACCCUUGACUGUCUCUUUCAAAAACUUUGCCUGUAUGAAAUGUAAAUAUUUAAUGUUUUUAGUACUGACGUGGUCUGGCCAGGGCCUUGAUGACAUAAUUAAAAUUAAAAUGUUUAAUAUACCUGAAGUUUAAUUGUAAAUGACAUUUCUGUAUGGUAUUGCUUUUCUGUAGUAUUUGGACAAGUUAUGACACCUGUGUUUUGACCCUGGAUGUUACUGAUAUGGCUAUAGUGGGGUGUGUAAGAAGGACCUACUAAAGGGCAGUGCAUGCGCCACAAAUAAGCUGGGCUGCAAGCCCACCAUGUUUUGUUGCACUGCAACCCCACUGUGUUUUAAGUUAAACAAUUCUGCUCCCCUUUACAUGUUUUUGUUCACAGAACCCCCCACUCCACUGUUUUGUUUGCUCCUCCACCUGCCCCCACCCCACCCCCACAGCGCAUCCCAGCCCCUGUCUCUGAGUUGUGAACAAAACUCGUGAGGCUCCCUAACUUAGCUACUCAGUCCUUGUUACUUCUGCGCACAACACGCAACCUCCUGUGCCGAAAAUCAAACACAACUGCGCCAACAUGCUGUGGAAAUCACGGAGCAAAACCGAAACUUACGGCAUUCAGGAGCGCGCUGACGGACUGACCGGUUCCUCACCGAGCGGCCGUCUCUCCCAGUUGUCUUCCCUCAACCAGGCUGCCUAUUCCUCUGCGCCCCCCUUGUGUCACACCCCAGCAUCGGACUUCCAGCCACCCUACUUCCCACCACCCUACCCGCAGUCCUCGCUGUCCUUCUCACAGAGCCAGGACUCCGCGUACCCGCACCUGCCGGAGCCCUACAACUCCAUCAGCUCACUCCAUCAGCAACAGGCCGCGUGGCACUCUCAGCGGUCACGCUCAGAGGAGGGCGCACUGCUGUCCCAGUCCCAAAGGGCGUUAAGUCUCGACCCGCGGCGGGAGUACCCUGGGGUCCCACGGCUACUGCACGGGCUGGGGGAGGGCGCGGCUGCAUUGGGGGAGAGUCCUCUCGGGAUGCACGCGGGACAUCACAGCCUGGAAGAUAUGCAGGUGUGUGCACUCACGAGUCUGGCAAUGGAGGAGGCUUCAGCACUCGGGGUUUUGGACCACUCUGUCAUUAAGAAAGUGCCCAUACCUUCAAAGCUGAAUGGCUCCACCCUGUCGGCGCUGACCUUCAGUAAGGACGGCAUGGCUCUGGGUGGUGUGUCCAACCCGGCGGAGGUCUUCUGCACGGUGCCCGGCCGUCUGUCCCUCCUCAGCUCCACCUCCAAGUACAAGGUCACCGUGGGAGAGGUGCAGAGACGCCUGGCCCCACCUGAAUGCCUCAACGCAUCACUACUGGGUGGAGUCUUACGCAGGGCAAAAUCUAAGAAUGGCGGCCGCUGCCUUCGGGAGCGCCUGGAGAAGAUCGGCUUGAACCUGCCAGCUGGACGCCGCAAAGCGGCCAACGUCACUCUCCUCACAUCACUGGUGGAGGGUGAGGCGGUGCACCUUGCUCGGGAUUUCGGUUACGUGUGUGAGACUGAGUUUCCCGCCAGGGCCACGGCAGAGUACCUGUGUCGCCAUGGUGACCCCGAACAGCUGCCCACAAGACGAAGCAUGCUGAUUGCCACCAAGGAGGUGUGUAAGGAGUUUGUGGAGUUGAUGUCUCAGGACCGCUCUCCUCUGGGAGCGAGCCGACCGGUGCCGUGCCUGGAGUCGGGCGUCCAGAGCAGCCUGACCCACUUCAGCCUGCUCACCCACGGCUUCGGGGGCCCCGCGAUCUGUGCCGCGCUCACCGCCUUCCAGAGCUACCUGCAGGAGGCGCUGAAGGUCCUGGACAAGAGCGAGGGGGGCCGGGGCCACGAUAAGGAGCUCAAACACCGCAAGUAGGACCCAGACACCCCCCCCCCUCCUCCUCCCCUCAGCUGGACCUACAGACUUUCCUUCUUCCUGCCUGAUCAAAAACAGAGCAGUACUUAAAUGUGAAGCGUGUGGUUGAUACAAGCUGCAGUGGUGGGCUCCGAGAGAGGUUUGAGGUCGCCGUGGCACCCACUGAGAACCUCCGACAGACACGCAAACACACGCCGCCGCCGCUGCUUCUGGGGGAUCAUGUCAACGUACUCACACCCGAUGUUCAUACAUGAUCUCAGUUUUGUCCCCAACAUGCACAUGCAAGUGAACUGCUGGAUAUCUGUGCCGUGCAUGCGUGUGUGAUCCUGCUGGGGAACUCUGAGUACCGACUCUUAGCAGGACUUGGCAGCUAACAAGCAGGAUCUAAUUUUUGGGAACAAUAUAAUAAGGAUUUAGUAAUGUAAAAUAUUUUUUGUGUCUUUUGUACUUCCUGUUGUAUGUUUAUUUAUGUUAUUACUGCUGUUCUUAUUGUA